UUUUUAACAAGACCCUAGGUGAAUUGUGUGCACAAUAACUUCAAGAAGUGCUGGAGAGGAGGGAUAUGCAGUACCUAUCAUAAGCUCCUAAGAGUUGCCUUCCACGUAGCCCAGCAGCACCAUGAAAUCCAAUCCUGCCAUCCAAGCUGCCAUUGACCUCACAGCAGGGGCUGCAGGGGGCACAGCAUGUGUACUGACUGGGCAGCCCUUUGACACAAUGAAGGUGAAGAUGCAGACAUUCCCGGACCUGUACCGAGGCCUCACAGAUUGCUGCCUGAAGACCUACUCCCAGGUGGGCUUCCGCGGCUUCUACAAGGGCACCAGCCCGGCUUUGAUCGCCAACAUCGCGGAGAACUCGGUGCUCUUCAUGUGCUACGGCUUCUGCCAGCAGGUGGUGCGGAGAGCAGUUGGGUUGGACAGACAGGCAAAGCUGAGUGAUCUGCAGAACGCAGCUGCUGGGUCCUUCGCCUCUGCCUUUGCCGCGCUGGUGCUUUGCCCCACGGAGCUCGUGAAAUGCCGGCUACAGACCAUGUAUGAAAUGGAGACGUCAGGAAAGAUAGCCAGGAGCCAGAAUACAGUUUGGUCUGUUGUGAAGACUAUACUUAGAAAGGAUGGCCCUUUGGGCUUCUACCAUGGACUCUCAAGCACUUUACUUCGAGAAGUACCGGGCUAUUUCUUCUUCUUCGGUGGCUAUGAGCUGAGCCGGUCGUUUUUUGCAUCAGGGAGAUCAAAAGAUGAAUUAGGCCCUGUGCCUUUGAUGUUAAGUGGUGGAAUUGGUGGAAUUUGCCUGUGGCUUGCUGUAUACCCAGUGGAUUGUAUAAAAUCCAGAAUUCAAGUUCUUUCCAUGUCUGGAAAACAGGCAGGAUUUAUCGGAACCUUUCUAGGUGUUGUGAAAAAUGAAGGAAUAACAGCCUUAUAUUCUGGACUGAAACCUACUAUGAUUCGUGCAUUCCCUGCCAACGGGGCACUAUUUUUGGCCUAUGAAUACAGCAGGAAGUUGAUGAUGAGCCAGCUGGAAACAUAUUGAAGUGUCCUGGUGGGCCUGGAUCUAGGCACAGGUGUUUGAGGACUCCUGUUCAUCUCAGGGUUUCACGGAGUAUGAGAACAACGUGGAAUUAUUUUGAAUUCUUGGGAAUUUUGUUUUUGUGUUCCCUUCUUCUACCCUACGUCUUAAACUUUAUGGAA